GUGUACAAACAGCAACAGCAGCAAAAUGGUUUUAGCAGAUUUGGGUAGAAAAAUAACAACUGCCUUGCACUCGUUGAGCAAAGCCACAGUUAUCAAUGAAGAGGCCUUAAAUUCCAUGCUUAAGGAAAUCUGUGCUGCCCUCUUGGAAGCUGAUGUCAAUAUCCGUUUGGUUAAGCAGUUACGUGAAAAUGUUAAGGCUGUCAUCGAUUUUGAUGAAAUGGCUGGUGGCUUGAACAAGCGACGCAUGAUACAAAGUGCAGUGUUUAAGGAAUUGAUUAAAUUGGUUGAUCCGGGCGUAAAACCAUAUCAACCAGUGAAGGGAAAACCAAAUGUAAUUAUGUUUGUUGGUCUUCAGGGUUCGGGUAAGACCACAACGUGUACCAAAUUAGCCUAUCACUACCAGAAACGUAAUUGGAAAUCAUGUUUGGUGUGUGCCGAUACAUUCCGUGCUGGUGCCUAUGAUCAAGUUAAACAAAACGCCACCAAGGCUAGAAUACCUUUCUACGGUAGUUAUACAGAAAUUGAUCCUGUUGUCAUUGCCCAAGAAGGUGUGGAUAUGUUUAAACGUGAAGGUUUCGAAAUGAUUAUUGUCGAUACAUCGGGUCGUCACAAGCAGGAGGAAUCAUUGUUCGAGGAAAUGUUGGCAGUCGCAAAUGCUGUCAAACCAGACAAUAUUAUAUUCGUUAUGGAUGCCACAAUUGGUCAGGCUUGUGAAGCUCAAGCUAAAGCUUUCAAGGAAAAAGUUGACAUUGGUUCGGUUAUUAUUACCAAAUUGGAUGGUCAUGCGAAAGGUGGUGGUGCAUUGUCUGCUGUUGCAGCUACAAAUUCACCAAUUAUUUUCAUUGGUACUGGUGAACACAUUGACGAUUUGGAACCGUUCAAAACAAAACCUUUCGUUAGCAAAUUGUUGGGUAUGGGUGAUAUCGAAGGAUUGAUUGACAAGGUCAACGAACUUAAACUCGACGGCAACGAAGAAUUAUUGGAGAAAAUCAAACAUGGCCAAUUCACCAUACGUGAUAUGUACGAACAAUUCCAAAAUAUUAUGAAAAUGGGACCAUUCUCACAAAUUAUGGGUAUGAUACCUGGUUUCUCUCAAGACUUUAUGACCAAAGGUGGUGAACAGGAAUCAAUGGCACGCAUCAAACGUAUGAUGACCAUGAUGGAUAGUAUGUGUGAUGGUGAAUUAGAUAAUCGCGAUGGAGCCAAAUUGUUCAGUAAACAGCCACAACGUUGUGUUCGUGUUGCCCAAGGUUCAGGCGUUCUUGAACGUGAAGUAAAGGAAUUGAUAUCCCACUAUACGAAAUUUGCUGCCGUUGUCAAGAAAAUGGGCGGUGUAAAGGGCCUAUUCAAACAAGGAGAUAUGACGAAAAAUGUUAAUCCUACACAAAUGGCAAAACUUAAUCAACAAAUGGCCAAGAUGAUUGAUCCACGUAUGCUGCAACAGAUGGGUGGUGUCGGCGGUCUACAGAAUAUGAUGCGUCAAUUACAACAGGGAGCAGCCGGUGGCUUAGGUGGUUUAGGGAAUUUGAUGGGUUUUGGUGGAAAGUGAA